AUGUCUGAUUACUAUAUUGAUGCUGAUGAGGAGGACGGCAAUUAUGAUGACUUCAUGAUGACGGAUGAAGAGGCCUUAGAGGGUGUUGAAAUGGCAGAUGAUAUUAAUGAAAUUUAUACUGAUAAUAAAGAUCCUAGAUUAGAUGAUUUCGGGUUCUAUAACAACAUAAAUAAUACAGAUAAUGAUGUUUACCAAGAAGAGUCCCCAAUGAAAGCAAUGCCACCUUUACAGAGUAUACAAGAUAUUUAUGAUAAGGCUUUACACAUAAAGGAAAAUGACGACCUAGAUCUAGCAGUUACUAUAUUUGAAUCGAUAGCUUUCUCAGAAAAUAUCACCAAAAAUGAUACUUCAAUUGUCCUGAGAUCGUUUGAACAACUAAUUAACAUAAUUGCAUUAAAAUAUAAAAUAAAUAGUACAAUCCCAAGUAUAAAUUCCUUAAUUGAUGAAAUUCAGAAAUUAUUCAUCUUUAUUUCUAAUAAUUUUAAUUAUCUUAAGAAAUCGUACGUGGAAGAUACUUUAAGUCACAUUUUAAGCGAUAUGACACCCAAUUUAUACAAAGGUUAUCUAUUUGAUGCUGGCUUUUCGGAAUCAUCAUCUGUUCUCGAAGAAUUUAAAUUCCAGAAAGAAUUCAUCAACCAGUUCCAUAUAUUGGUCCAUAAUUUCAAGGAUAUAAUAGAAACAGAAAGGCUAGAGACAAUAAUUUAUUUGAAAAAAUUUACGAUAGAUAUUACAAUCGAGUUCCUAAGCAAUGGAUGUAUCGACAUCAAAAAUUGCUCCAACAAUUAUUCCUUCAUUGACAUGUCUGCAUUAAAGAAAGAGACAGAUGUACUAUUUGCAUUUAACACAUAUUAUCAGUACUUCAUCUACGAGUUCAUACAAACUGGUACAAUUGUUGAAGUAAACCAGUUCAAGAACUAUCUUGAUAUUUUUGAGCGAAUCCAAGCUAAUUCUUUUUCUGCAAUUCAAAACUCGGAGACAAUGAUUUUAUUUUAUUUUGGUAAAACACUUUCAAGAAUUAUAUUUGAUUUAUACAGUGACAGUAAUAGUGAUGCUGAACUUAUAAGCUUCUUUGAAAAUAUUAAUAGAUGCAAAAGAGAAUUUCGUAUAUGCCUGAAAAUACUAGAAGAGCUAGGAGGCAAAUAUAAUGAUUAUCAAAAUCCAUUUCAAUGGUUAAUAAUUUCUGGAUACGUUUUUAGCAACAUGAUAUUAUAUCAUAGUAAUGAAGAAACUUUGAUCAAUCCUUUUGAAAUUGAACAAUUAAAGGCCGAACGAGAUUCAAAUAUAGUCAUAGGCCUACAACUUGUAUAUAACAAUUACAUUGAUCUAAAUCUAACCGAGUUGGCAUCUAAUAUGGAGAAACUAUCACCACUAAGGAGUCAUUGGGAUAAACUUGUUAAUAAAAUAUAUUAUUUAGGUAUUGUGACUAAAUUAUGGACACAGAUUGCUCCUGUUUAUGACUGUAUUUCCAUUAAAGAUUUAAGGAAGAUGUUAAGAUUGCACCAGGACUCAAUGCCAAGUCAUGAUGAGCUUUUAGAGAUACUGAUGAAAUCCAUUACAAAAAACGAUAAGUCUGUAUAUUUCAAACUUGACCUGAUAAACGAUUUAGUCUAUUUUGGAGUAGAAUACAAUAUUCCAAUCACUAACUAUCCAGCAUCAAAAUUUAACUCUAACAAAAGUAUCAGGUCGUUAAUAUGCAACAAUAUUGAACUGGCAAUUGAUAUUGAAUGCAAUUUUAAUGACAAUAAUAAUGAUACAAAUCCUAUUACUACCAAAUCAGAUUUCUUCCACAGACUAAGAAAGUCGACAACUAAUCACACUGGCAAUUUUGAUGGCCGAAAUAAUAUUCAAAAAGAGGAUUACAAAAAUAACAGAAACCGAUCAACACCUAACAAUAAUAAUACGCAAGGCAGUGUGACAAGAUCACAUCAUUUUCUAGACGAAUUAAUUGAUACCACACGAACAAGAGUAUCAAGAGUUCGAGACUAA